UCAUAUUUGAAUAGCCGUUGCACUAGGAUGGCGUCCGUGGUGUUGCGGCAAUUUCGAAGGGACUAGCAAGUUUUGAAAAUUUUGACAACGAGCGAGAUAAUGGCAGAUAAUCAGCAGAGCCGUUUCGAGAAGUCCCUCGGAUUGCUCACCACCCGCUUCGUCACCCUGCUUCAGAAAGCCAAGGACGGCGUGCUAGAUUUGAAAGUCGCCGCGGAUCUCCUGGAGGUGCGACAGAAACGACGCAUUUACGAUAUUACAAACGUCCUCGAGGGUAUCGGUCUUAUAGAGAAGAAGAGCAAGAACAGCAUUCAAUGGAAGGGUGCGGGACCUGGCUGCAAUACUCAAGAGGUUGGCGAGAAGCUGACAGACCUGAAGGAGGAGAUCAGGAAAUUGGAGGAUCACGAGUAUCUUCUAGACACUCAUACUCGAUGGAUUCAGCAAAGUAUAAAAAAUAUAGAAAAUGAUAUGAUAAAUAGGAAAUAUGCAUAUAUCACUUACGAGGAUGUCAAAGAGAAUUUUCUGGAUCAAUUCGUACUAGGAAUUCAAGCUCCUCCAGACACGGAAUUAACAGUACCAAAUGUUUUGAAGACUGUCACACAAGACGAUGCAGUGAUAAGUUAUAACAUGUACUUGAAGAGUAAUUCGGGAGAAAUUAAAGUAUAUAUGGUUCAACCUGAAUUAGCUAAAACUUAUGAUAAUAAAGUUUUAGAAAUGAGGUUAAAAGAAGUAUCGAAAGGUAUAAAGCGUGGAAAUGAAGAGGAUGAAAAAAAAGAGGAAGAAGUUACUGUUAAACCAAAGAGGAAAGUUGGCAGACCACCAAAAAGUAGUAUCAAACCGCAGAGUCCAGUAUUAACUGAUGACGAGGAAGAAGAAGAUCAAGAAUUGAUAGAAGCAAAGAUAGUCCUGCGUGAUGUGAGCACUGCAGAUAUCUUUCAAACAGAUUUGGAGUUAUUUGACCAAUUCUAUUCUGAUUUUUGCGGACCAUUGGUAAGAUUAAGUCCACCUCCAGGAGAGAAAGAUUACCACUUCAAUCUUAGUGAGAACGAGGGUGUUUGUGAUUUAUUCGACAUUACGACGUAAUGAGUUGGGUUAGUGUAGUUUUCAUUUACAAAAUGGACUGUGCCAACAGCAUGCAAAAUUAAUGGGGAACUUGAUAAAAUUGAUAAGAACAAUUUGUGCAUAUAGUUUUAGGGAAAUUAAUGGAUCGCGCAAUCAUUGAGAAUAUACAGUAUUUUUUUAUUAUUAGAAAUAUGAAAAGCUAAUGCAACACAUUGUAAAAAUAUCUUAGUACAAUCUGUUUUGGCCACUGUUUAUUUUGUACAGUGUUGAGAAUAAUGUAAAGUUUUAAAGACGUCUUUUUAUAUACACUUACCAGAUCUAGUAUCAUCCUUGUAAUUUUAAGUUAGAUUAUCACACAAGCUUGCUUUAUGAAUAUUGCUGUCCAAAAAUACAUAAUUUGAAAACUUGGUUAUAAUCAGAGAGAAAAUAUACAUGGUUAUUUAUAUAAUAUUAUCAUAAAGUAAGCUUUUCCCAAAUGUUACAUUUUUGUAAGAAUUUACAUGCACAUAUCUCUGAGGUAUUCUAUGAAUACUAUGACAUAUAUGUAUAGAAAUAAAUAUAAUGUACAUUGUCUA